AUGUCACCAAAAACAACAGAAGAUAUGAGAUGGCAUGAUACAGAGCGAUUGGGUGAAGAUGAUAAGAAGAUUUUGAGGCAUCCUUCAGAUGCCUUAGCAUGGAAGGCAUUUGAUGAGCGUCAUAGAGAUUUUGCAUUAGACCCUCGUAGUGUUCGAUUAGGUCUUGCGAGUGAUGGGUUUAAUCCUUAUCGUUUAAUGAACACCACUUAUAGUACGUGGCCAGUAAUGUUGAUUCCUUAUAAUCUUCCACCAUGGUUAUGUAUGAAACCAUCUUCUUUCAUUUUGUCCACACUUAUUCCCGGAAAAGCAAGUCCUGGAAAUGAUAUUGAUGUGUAUUUGCAGCCAUUAGUGCAUGAAUUGAAAUUGUUGUGGACUGGGGUUGAAUCUUUUGAUGCUUUUGAAGGAAAGAUAUUUAAUUUGCGCGCGGCUUUGCUUUGGACUAUUAAUGACUUUCCUGGCUAUGCAAUGCUCUCUGGUUUGAGCACAAAAGGUUACAAUGCAUGUCCUAUAUGCAUAGAUUCCACGCCUUCUGAUAGAUUUGGGAACAAGAUUUGUUAUUGUAGCUAUAGAAAAUGGUUACCUUCAGAUCACCCAUAUCGAAUUCAGGGUGACAAAUUUUGUGAGAAGUAUGGAACUAAUGAGUGGGGUAAAGCUCCAUCUCGUCCUAGCGGGACUGAUAGAUUGAGUGAACAAGAAAAGGUCGAGUAUGUUUAUGGAAAGUCGAAGGCACCACAGAAAAAGAGACAAAGAGGAGAUAAUGAUAACAAUGAUGUCCAACAUGAAAGUGCUUUUGGUACCAAGAGAAGAAUAUUCUUUGAUUUGGUGUAUUGGGAGCAUAAUCUUUUAAGGAAUAAUUUAGAUGUAAUGCACAUUGAGAAAAAUGUGUCUGAGAAUAUUUUGGGAACUCUUCUUAGUAUGGAUAAGAGUAGAGAUAGUAGGGAUGAUCGAAAAGCUCUUGAAAAAUGGAGAAUAAAGCCUCACCUUUGGCUUAGUACUAAUCCUAAUGGAAGUGAAUACAUGCCUCCAACUUCCUAUUCUAUGUCUACGGAGGAGAAAGAGAGGUUCUUAAAUGUUCUGCAGAAACUUAAAGUUCUGGAUGGAUAUGGAUCCAACCUCUCUAGUUGUGUGAAUAUGAAGCAAAGAAAGUUGAUUAACCUCAAAAGUCAUGACAACCAUGUUCUAAUGCAAGAUAUCCUUCCUGUUGCCUUAAGAGCUUCUAACGCUACAAAAGUGACUGACUUGUUGGCUGGAUUGUCUUCUUUUUUCAAGAGGUUGUGCUCUACUACUAUUGAUCCAGAUGAUUUAGAUGAUCUUCAAGAUGGAAUUAUUUUAACUCUUUGUAAGUUGGAAAUAGAGUUCCCGCCUUCAUUUUUCACAAUCAUGGUCCAUUUGUUGAUUCACUUAGUGGAGGAGGUUAAACUUGGUGGACCACUGCAAUACAGAUGGAUGUAUCCCAUUGAAAGGUACUUGUCCCAUUUGAAAUCACAUGUAACCAAUAAAGCCCAACCUGAAGGAUCUAUUGCGGAAGGCUUCCUUUUAGAGGAGACAAUUAGGUUUUGUUCGAGAUAUCUUGAAGGUGUUAAGACCAUCUUUAACAUACCUACGAGGAUGGAUGAUGAGAUUUCAAAUUCCAAUGAUUACUUAUUUAACACUGGUGGUCGAGUUGUUGGGAAGGAGGUCACCAUUCGCCUUGAUGACAAAAGCUUAAAACAAGCUCAUCUCUAUGUUUUACUUCACUCUGAUGCGAUCAAAGGGGAUAUGGAUGAAUUUUUAAUGGAGAAGCGUCAAAUGAACUCACAAAGUUCCGCCACGGAGAGUGAUGAAAGCAACUGGAUCAUCAAUGAAUUCGGAGGGUGGUUGCAAAAUAAGGUACAUUGCAUAGAUGCCACCACCGAAGAUGAGAAACUAAGAAAAGCUUUAGCGGGUGGUUUGUAUUGUUAUGGUAGAAAAUUAAAAGGAUUCAUCAUCAAUGGAUUUAAAUUCAUUUCCAUGGAUCGCGAUUGUCAUCUGCUGACACAAAAUUCUGGAAUUAUGGUUGAAGCAGAUGGAGAGGCAUAUUUUGGAAAAGUGAUGGAUAUCUAUGAAUUAAAUUACUAUGGAGCUUACAAAGUUGUAUUGUUUCGUUGUGAUUGGGUAGACAUUCAUAGGGGUGUAAGAACAUAUCCAAAUGGCGACGUAUGUGUCAAUUUCUCAAAAUUGAUGCAUACUGGCCGAUUGUUGCAAGAUGAUCCAUUUAUAUUCUCAUCUCAAGCAAAACAAGUUUUUUACAUGGAAGAUGAGAUUCAAAAAGGAUGGUUGCAUGUUGUUAAGAAUAAGCCUAGCGACUUGUUUGAUUUAGGUGAUUCUUUACCAGUAGAAGUAGAGGGAGAGGAACCAGUAGAUGAUGUUCUUGCUGCAAUGUCUGUUGCUCUGGCUAUUGAUGCUGCAACUUCAGCAAUUUUAGCUUCUUUCUAUGCCUUUUCAGCAGCUUUAGCCGCCUUUUCAGCAGCUUUUUCCGCCUUUGCUGCAUUUGAUUGA